AUGAAGUUCGCCGCUGCAGCCGCCGUGCUGCUGCUCGUCUCCCUCGCCGCGGCUUCCGCCAAGAGAGCCGCACUGCGCAGCCCGCUUGCCCAGGCCCUGUCCUCUAGCGGCGGCGCUACGGCGGGUCAGGACGCCGCGCGGAGGGAGAUGGUGCAGGUUGCGCCAGUGGCAGCGGCGGCGUGGGGUUUGAAGAAGCUGGUGGUGGUGCUGAGCGACAUCCACAUCCGCGACGGCAGCCCCAGGCAGAACUACAAGUCGCACGUGCACGAGGGGCACCUGCUGGCCAUCCUGGACGACGUGGUGGCGCACAACGAGUCCAUCGCAGAGCUGGUGCUGGCGGGCGACAUCUUCGAGUUCUGGUACUACCCCUUCCACGUGCGACCCCCCUCCCUCGCCACCAUCCUCGCUGCCAACCCCAACCUCUUCGGGCCCACGGGCGGCUUCUCGCGCGUGCUGGACGCGCUGGGGGGGCGCGUCACCUUCAUCCCUGGCAACCACGACAUGCACCUCACCGCCGCUGACGUGGCGCAGAUCAGGUCCCCGGGGGGACACUACGUCAAGUUCGCUGCGCGGAGCUACAGCCCGGGCGGCGACACGCGCGUGGUGAUCGCGCACGGGCACGAGGUGGCCAUCUUCAACGCGCCGGACAAGAGCAGCAAGUGGGCGCCACUGCCCCCGGGGCACUUCGUCUCUCGGGUCAUCUCCUCAUACUGGGCCGCCAACCUGCCACCCAACACCACAGUGGGCGACCUGCAGAAUCUGGGGACCCCCAGCAGGAGCAAGACGAGCAGCUACUUGCUGCCCAUCCUGCUCGGCAUCCAGGCGGGCAACUACUCCGUCGCCCCUCAGGUGGCGCUCAAGGCGCUGUGGGCGGACAUUGACUCGAGCUACAUGGGGUGGUUCGCCACCAAGCAAGCGCUGGAGUCGGGGGCGAGCCUGGUUGUGUACGAGCACACGCACGUGCCGGUGCGCGGGCUGGUGAACCCCGUGGUUGCGAACUACAUCAACACAGGGUUCGAGUGCGCGGGCGCCCCCGACCUCGUGAGCGGCAGCAAGGCGUUCAGCUUCCUCACCAUCGACAUGCCCACACUGCAGGGCAGCCUCAAGAAGGUGAUUCGCAGCGGCGCCACGUACAGCAUCGCGCCCGACGUGGGCGCCAAGGCGCAGGACGUGGUGGAGGGCGGCACGCAGGACUACUCGUCGUAUGCCGUCAUCGAUAACUCCGGCAGCACCCUAGACCUCACUCUCACCGCCAGCACCGCAACCCAGGGCCGCUUCGUUGUGCUGCCCACCAGCAUCAAGGCCGGCACCCGGGCUGCUGUGUGGGAGCAGGACUUCCCGGCGCUGCCCAUCACGGCAGGCGUGGCGGCAUCGGAGGCGUGGCUCACGUACACAGCCAAGAACACCGCCAAGACAAGGGCGGGCGAGUACAAGAAGACAUACAAGUUUGCCUUGGCGUGCCCCACGUCGCGCAUGAACACAGCUUCUGGCGGCUCCAGCCUCGUUGCCAAGUCGGGCUUCAACCCUUGGCAGGCAACGGUUCCCCAAUACGGGUAUCCCUUGUAUGUACUGUAUACUGUAUGA